GUUCGCCUACUCCAUUAACUAGAGGCUAUGCAGCCUCAGAAGCUAAACCGUCUGCACAUCCAAACAGGACAGCGGAUCGCUCUACGAGGCACCCUUCGCACCUUGAGACAAAAACAAGAUUUAACACCCGGAUCUGUCGUGAUCGGUCCAGCCAAACAUCUGUUGCUCCCGUGGAUGGUUUCAACGUUCAAACCUUGAAAUAAUGGCAAUUUAGGUCUCAAGCGAGAAUGCCAUUCUAGAUGCGAAUAGGAGCAAUGCCCAUAGAAGCUGGGAUAUUUUCACCAUGAUGUUGCGCAUUGUUGCUAAAAUUUGAUGAUCGCCAGUAAACGCAGAAGAUAAAUGGCUCCCGUCCUGUCUACAAUGAUGAAAUUUGCAGGGUUUAUGUGGUCUACACUGUUCAGAAAAAUGGGAUGCAUCAUAUCCCGUUGCAAGUUGUACCGAUCCUCAAAAUCAAGCCACCUAGUAAUUAUCCGAUGGGUGAACUAAAUAUAAGACGGAAUCAAUAAGCCAUGAAGCUUACACCCGUGGCUGGGCAUCAUCAACGCGACCGUUCAAGGCUUCGAUAUCUCCAACUGGCAAACAUCCGUCCACUUUGCGGGAGCAUAUGAGUCAGGAGCUCGCUUUGCUAUCAUCAAGGCCACCGAAGGUACCCGCUACAAAGACCCGUCCUUCAGCAGCCACUGCACAGGCGCCACAAAGGCUAGCUUUAUCCGCGGCGGCUACCACUUCGCGCACCCGGGCCUCUACAAACGGCGCGGAACAGGCCAACUAUUUCCUCGCCCACGGGGGCGGCUGGAGUGAUGACGGCAUCACGUUGCCGGGCAUGCUCGAUAUCGAAACAAACCCGAACGGUAACCAGUGCUACGGGCUCAGCGCAUCGUCUGGGUCCAGGAUUUUGUCGGCACGUGCAAGUGCAAGACGGGCCGGUAUCCGAUGAUCUAUACGUCGCCGAGCUGGUUGCAGUCUUGCACGGGAGACAGCAGGCGGUUUGCGAGUAUGUACAUGUCUACUAAUGAUGGCGCGGUGGGCGGAGAGUCCUAGCACGGCGCCUAGUGGUUAGGCGCAUACGAUCUGGCAGUAUACAGAUAAAUAUGAGUUUUGGGGGAUGGGGAUUUGUUCAAUGGGGAUGAAGAGGGCCUGCUGAAGUUGACCACUGGUUGAAUCUUUUUGGCUGGUCCUUUGGUUUUGUUUGGGUUGUUGAAACUUGUAAAGCCAAUGACUGUGAACGCGUGUAGUAGUGUUUAUGCGUCUGUUCGCUGCUGGUUCUGGCGAAUAAAUAAUGGGCUGAUGAUAAUGGAAUAACUGUAUAUAUUACAAUGAUUGUCGAAAACAGCGCCCCUCAUGAAUAAUAUUCCACUGUUGCUGCAACUUAUAAGGGCUGGGGAGUAAUAUAUAUGUAUAUUAUAUAUAUUCUCCUAGCCUUAUGUAGUUUUCCGGUCUC